AAUCGCAAUGAAAUUAGAACAUUAUUGAUAGCAUUGCCGCAUUGGAAUUCGUCGUAUUUUGCAUCGAUUUAGCACUCGUUGUUUGAGAGUUAGUAGUAAGUAGUUACUUACGAGUUACGGUGGAGCGGUGAACGAAUAAAUUAUCGCUCUGUGCCGCGCACACGGAAUCCGGUAUUACCGUUGCAACAUUCGUUGCCGUCGAUAACAUUCCAACGCGCACAUAAAACAGCGAGACACGUCGACGCAAGACGUCGCAGUUGAUACGCGGCAUUCGCGUUAAAAUUCAUAGUUAGCGAAGUCAAGUCUACGUCUCCGUUCAGUUAGGUAUGAGUGAACAAGUGGAAAAUAAGCCCGUGAGGGUUUGGUGCGAUGGAUGUUUCGACAUGGUGCACUUUGGUCAUGCAAACUCAUUGCGACAAGCCAAAGCGUUGGGACAUUAUCUGGUCGUAGGCAUACACACCGAUGAUGAAAUAGCUAAGCAUAAAGGUCCGCCUGUUUUCACAGAACAAGAGAGGUCUAAAAUGGUGAAAGCGAUUAAAUGGGUUGAUGAGGUAGUAGAAGGUGCUCCUUAUGUUACAAAUCUUGAAACUUUGGAUCAACAUAAUUGUGAUUUUUGUGUUCACGGAGAUGAUAUUACAGUUACAGCAGAUGGAGUUGACACAUAUCAUCUUGUUAAAAAAGCGAAUAGAUACAAAGAAGUAAAACGAACUGAAGGAAUUUCAACUACAGAUGUAGUUAGCCGUAUGUUGUUAAUGACAAGACAACAUUUCUACAAAGGUGAUAAAGAAUAUGAAGUGGAAAAAGAGCAUUCUUCAGUAAUGGGUCAGGAUAAAGCUGCCAGAAGUCCAUGGACUGGUUGUUCACAAUUUUUACCUACUACAAAAAAAAUUAUUCAAUUCAGUGAAGGCAUAGAACCUAAGCCUACUGAUAAAGUAGUAUACGUUGCUGGUGCUUUUGACAUAUUUCAUGUUGGUCACUUAGAUUUUUUAGAAAAAGCCCAUCAGCAUGGUAAUUUUCUUAUUGUUGGCUUGCACACUGAUCCAGUGGUUAACCAAUACAAAGGCUUGAAUUACCCAAUUAUGAAUUUACAUGAACGAGUCUUGAGUGUUCUAGCCUGCAAAUAUGUAUCUGAAGUUGUUAUUGGAGCACCGUACAGUGUAACAGCAGAUUUAAUGAAACAUUUUCAUGUUGAUGUUGUGUGCCAUGGGAAAACACCUGUGAAAAUGGAUGUUAACGGUGAAGACCCAUAUGCGCUUCCUAAAUUGAUGAAUAAAUUUGUGAUAGUUGAUUCAGAAAAUAACAUGACAACAGAAAAAAUUGUUGAGCGCAUUAUUAUUAAUAGACUUGAGUUUGAAGCUAGGAACAUAAAAAAAGAAGCUAAGGAAUUAGCAGUCAUUAAACAAAUGGAAGACCAGUUAGAAAAAAUAAAAGUGGAAUCAUGCUAGUAUUGUGUAAGUUAAUUUUUAAUUGAUUGUAAAAUAUGCUGAUAAUAAUUCUUGUAAUCGAUCAUUCAUCCAAAUAAUUUUAAUAAUGUGUUACCAAUCAAUACAUUGAUCAAUUUCUUCUUUGUA